ACAAAAAAAAAAAACCAUUUAGCCCUAAUUAUUAAAAUGUAAAAAAUACAGGUUAAUUUGGAUUCUCUCCGCAGAAUCCUGCAAUGGCUUUUCUCGGAUCCAAUGUAGCCAGCGAGGUUGGGUUACGGUUGCUUCUCUGCCCACUUGGUUCUAACAUUGUCACUCGUGCCGCAUGCUGUUCUGUGGGGAUUGUUUUACCCGUAUACUCUACAUUUAGGGCAAUUGAAAGAAAUGAUGAAAAUGAGCAGCAAAAGUGGCUUACAUAUUGGGCAGCUUAUGGAUCUUUCACCAUUGUUGAAGUGUUCUCUGACAAACUUCUUUCCUGGUUUCCAUAUUAUUAUCACUUCAAGUUUGCAUUUCUUGUCUGGCUUCAACUUCCAUCUACUGAAGGGGCUAAGCAAAUAUACAAGAACCACCUGCGUCCAUUCUUGUUGAGGCAUCAAGCUAAAGUUGAUCAACUUAUGGGCUUUGCAUGUUCUGAAAUGGCAAGAUUCAUCAGCACGCAUCAGGAAGAGUUCCGAUUUGUUAGGAUAAUGUUCAGGAAGAUGACAGGGUCAGCAAAUGCAAAGGUGAGGGGUGCUGCGGAACCAGAUAAACCUAGACGUCUACCUGAAAUCAAGGGCCAAACAAGAAUGAUCUCAAAUCCGGAGUCUGAUCACAAUGAAUGAUACCUCGCCUUUCUAGGGAGGUAGCUGUAUAUUAUGUUUUUCUACCUAUCAGCACCCCAAUAUACAAGGAGGUAAUCUUUUUGUAUAACAAAUCAGGGCCUUUAAUGUGGCCGGAAGAGGUGGAACAUGAGAUAUAGGCAGCCUGCUGCUUCUUAUGAGAGUAGGCAGCAUUCUUUUACUCAAAAUUUCAUCUCUGUUUUAAGUCUUUUCUCAUGCAAGAUUCCCACAUUUGUCGUUUUACAUAGAAACAAUAGACAAUGUUUCUCUCA